AUGACAACUCUGAGAGCUUCAGCGAUUUCCAAGUUGCACCCGCAACCAAGUGCAGAUGAAACGACUCUCGCCAAGCUAGGAUACAAGCAGGAGUUUUACAGGGAAUUCACUCCGCUAGAGGUGGCUGGACUUGCAUUCAGCUUUGUUGGAGUGGCUCCUUCAAUAGCUUCUGUGCUCUUCUAUGCAAUACCAAACGGUGGGCCUUUCGCGAUGGUUUGGGGUUGGGCAUUUGCUUGCCCCUUUAUCGUGUGCACUGGGAUGGCGAUGGCAGAGCUCGCAUCAGCAGCACCUACUUCCGGCGGUCUAUACUAUUGGACUUACUCUCUUGCUUCUCCACGAUGCCGCAAUUUUCUGUUGUGGAUAGUUGGCUGUAAGUCCUGCAUUUCGAUGUGA